UACAUUUGCUAUAAAAUAUGAAAAACAUGGUCCAAGAAAUCAGAUCACAGCCUGAGUUCGUCAAAUACACAUCGCCUUAUCUAAAAACAAACGCAGAAAAAUGAAAUUCUUAUUCGCUGUCUUGUGUACCUUGGCUUUGGCCUUUGGAGUGCAAUCAUCUGUCUUGCCCUGGGGAUACCCACAAGUGGUUGUAGGUGACGGCCAUUCUUCCUACACUGCCGUCUCAUCACCAUGGUAUGCUGGAGCUUGGGCUCCUUGGGCACCAUGGGGUCAUGGCGUUGCUGUAGAUGUUGCUCCAGUUGUUGGUGCUCACGCUGCUUCUUAUGUGGCUAAAACCCGUGGUGCAGUUCAUGCCGCUCCUUUGGAGGGUCAUGUCAAUUCAGUUGCCAAUGUCAAUUUGGCUCCCGCUCCUGGAACUUUGUAAUUUUGAAUUUGGCAAGAAACUUUAGUCAUUGUACCCAAAGAGUUAGUCUUUACGAGAAAGGAGAGUGAAAAUACAUUUCAAUUUGUUAUUUGAAUAAAAAAAGAUUAUUUUGCAAAAUAA